AUGCUCUCAUUGAAGUACCGUGGCUAUGCUACCAGUGCAAGACAAACAUGCAACAUCGAGGAUGGUACAUUGCCAGCAACAUUCACCUCUCUCAAAUUGGUCGACUAUAAUGGCACGAUGACAGCAACCACGAUACCAUCAUCAGUCACCUAG